CAAUUGCUCGUCCAGAAAAGCCCAGAAGUGAUACCGAUAGAGCUCCCCAACGUUUGAACGAUAGUGCAACAAACAUUGUGGUCAUGCAAGAAAAUGCUGAGCCAAACAGCAAUGACAUAUUCUUAAUUUCGAACGAAAAUGUUUCCUAUCAUGCGUUUGUACACGACGACACUAGGAAUGCAGAUACCGAUGUUGAGAAUAUGUUUGUGAUUUUAUCUCUAUAAACUAUCGGCUAAUAGUCAUUGUGCAGGAAUGAUCCAUCCCGUCAUCAGUCAAGAUGUUAAUAUCAAUCAACAGAGCUUGCAGGCCAGCGCUAGCGCAAACACCCAUCUUGUUUUGAAAAAACAGGAAAUACCCCAGGAUUUUGAGGGUGACCUAGUCAACCAGAUAAGUCGGCUUCAUACAUUCCCGGCAACAGCCGGAAGUUCCGGGGACAUAUGGCAAUGUCAUCUCUAUACCGCGGACUUGGGAAAAGUGCAGGUCGCUGUUAAAGCGCUUCGUCGAUUUGGUGUAUCAAGCCCUGUUAUGCGAAGAAGCCUACUUCAGGAGUGUCGACGGUGGAUCAAACUUGAGCAUAGAAAUAUUAUUCACAUCUACGGCAUGACUUCCGGGUUCAGUGUCUUUCCAGCCGUGGUUACCACGUGGAUGCGCGAUGGAACUCUAACAGAGUACUUGGACCGUCAAUACUCGUAUCUUACAUCGCGGGGCAGGUUUCACCUUCUAAAUGACGUAGCAAGUGGACUCUGCUACCUUCACUCCCAAGAUAUUGUACAUGGUAAUCUAACUGGUUCCAAUGUGUUGAUUGAUGAGAGCGGGGGAGCUCGUUUGGCAGAUUACGGCAUUGCGCUUAUAAUCGCUGCUGCUACAGAUAUGGGGACAUCCACAACGGAGAGUUACAAUAGCCCCAACGCAGCACGAUGGGCUGCUCCCGAGUUGAUUCUUUCGGAGGAUUCGGAUGAUGAAAUAGAACCUGAUCCCACGAAGUUUUCCGACGUCUAUUCCUUUGGUUGUAUUAUGCUUCAAGUGAGUUCAUGGUCUGCCUUAAAAGUAUGUGCAAUUUUGAAUAUUACGUCAAGAUACUAGUGGGCCGACUGCCCUAUUGGUGGCUUCGGUUGAGCAUUCAUGUGUACCGUGAAAGGGAACGGGGAAGGCUACCAAUGCGGUAUGAUGCAGACGUUCCCAAGCUCGAGGUAUCCCACCAAAAUUUUCUCGAAAGAUGCUGGGAGUCCCUUCCCCUCUCCCGCCCAUCGAGCGUUGAAGCUGCUGAAUUUGUAGCUGCUGAGCUUCAGGGAUUAGCCUAGCCGUACUGAGGGUGCUCCUUUGAAUCACAGCAUGAAGGAGCUUGGUGUCGUUCUUCAUCUUGAUGGGUAGUUAUUGCAGAUAACUUAAUGUGAUCGUUCUUGUCUCUGCCUUGAAACAUAUUGGACGGACAACUCUUCUACGCCAGAGUUGAUAGACGAACGAGAUGUGAUAUCAUCGAGAAACCCUGAGCAUAGCACUUCGUACGAAAGAUUGACAAUCCGCUUUAUGGUCCAUGACCAGU